CGGCGUGGCGGGAUUCUAGUAAAGGGACGCUUACAAAUUUUAUAUUUUUUCGUCCCUGCAAUUAAUAUAAACAAUUUGUGCCACAGAAUUAUUUAAUACUUCGUGUUUGUGGAAUUUGGAAAAAUCCAGCAUUCUUGAUUUGGUUGUAAUCGCAAUAGAAAUUGUGCCUCUGGCGGAAAAGUAUUGAUUCUCGAGGGAAGAUAGAAAAUACUACCGUUGAGCAAGAUUUUGACAGAGCGACGCCAUCGCUACGCAACAUCUACUACGCUUAUUUUCUCGUUUGGAUUGCAAGUUAAGGAAGUUUGGUGAAUGGAAUCACAUCUUACGAAGGUUUACCUACCUGUCGAGUCGAGCAAAGCGUAGAAUUACUGUUUGUGCUCGAAGAGAAUCGCUACAAGCCAACUUGUAUUGCACCCGAUUUUUGGAAUACUAAUCCUCUACUAUGACUAGCGUCAGUCGUGACGCGGGUAGGGGACGCGUCAAAGACGUCAAGAGAAACCUCUUUGGAACAGUUGAUCAUAAGCAAAUUCGAGACGAUUUAGCCAGAGAGUUAAAGUACAUGUCAGAAGAAAAGAAAUGCCAGUGGAAUUUUGAUUUUGAGAAUUGUCAACCGCUUUCAGGUAGAUUCAAGUGGCAGCGAGUUGGAAAGAGACUACAAACCCGUAAAUCGCCAACUGAAGGAAUUUCUACGUGUGACACGGAAUCUUCCGAAAAUUUCUGUCGCCAAAACAUUGUCGAUCCUACCCACUCUGCCGCAAGGUAUAAUCUAAGAACUAGAGGCAGAGAAGGGGAAAGCAUUCCAAGGAGUGGUUUCGUACCGAUCGACCCUUCGCGGAAACGUUUACGAGAGUUUGGCGAUGCGCCGGCUGGAAAUAGAAACAAAAAAGUCGCAGGUAAUUGCGUGAAACAGAGAAAUUCUAGAGAAAGAAGAGCCAAAACUUCGGUAAUAAAGCGACCUUACGAGGCCAAGAGAGCUCGACGUUGAUAGAACCGUAAUAAAAUGUUUGUCUGAAAUUUUGCAACCGUAAAGUUGGGUCGCAAGUUAUCUGCGUCGAGAUUAAAAAUCUUCUCUCGUGGGUUAUUGCAUACGAUGUAAAUUUACAUCCAGCAAACCGAAUUCCGUGAGAUUAUUAUCCUUCAGACAAAUCAAUGUUUGAGUUUGUACAAAGAAAAAUUCCCGCUUUUUAUAGUGAGAGAGUAACGUGUAACGGCAAGACGUACUGUAUAUUCUACAGAAAAUCAAGUUUUAUUUUCUCUUUUAAUGCUCUCGUGCACAGCUUCUUUCGCGGAGCGGAUGUCAUCGAUUCAGUUUAGUUUUGGCCAAAAUAUUUUGUUAGCGUCGCUUUCCAUGGUUGAAAGAACACAAAGUACAAGACGACGCGGAUCCACCACUGGAAAAUCAAAUAAUCGAUUAAAAAGCUUACUCUGUAAAUAACAGAACUGAAAUUAGAGUUUACUUAAGAUUAUAACAGUAAACUUUAAUCAAUGUACCUUUUUGAUAGUCUAGCUUUUAAGUUGUAAAAGAAAAGCCGAUAUUUUUGUUGUCAUGCGAGUGAUCUGCUGAUCUAGGGCCACUUUCGCGGCAAAAUUUCAGAGAUAUGACAGAUGUUGUAAGGUAUUGUGAAAAAAAGAAAAGAUUUCAGCAGCAUGUUAUUAGCAGCAAUUUAAAAGUAUGUUCGAUUCGAUUUCUAAAGAAAAUGUUACAGAUGUUGUGCCCACCUUCUCUUUUUUUCAACAGGCUAUUAAUUGAUUUAACGUCUGUGUCUAGUCAUCGAUCGAUUCUUCUUUGUAACGAUCGGGUACGUUUGACAAUUAAUUGACAGCCAUAGUAACAGGAUUACAAUCUGUUAUCGAACCAGCAAUCAAACCUCUCUGGGAAAUGGAACAAUCCGUUUAAUUAUAAACAACAGUGAUAAUUGACCGUCAAAAGCUAAGGUAAAGUGAUGAAUUAUAACGAUUUUGUGUUUUGAUGAUACUGUGCAUUUUGACACAAUAUCCAAUAGAUUAUUAGAUAUAAAUAUUUAUAACUAGAUAGUUGAAUAGCUGAAGUAAAUCUCAAAAUAUCAUUGAAAGCAGAGAAGACCUUUUGA